AUGGCAGCACCGACCCGAGAGAUCCCUCCACAGGGGAGCCAGUGCUGUGUUGCUGAAUCACCACCUGCAGGCCACCAGUGUCCAGCUAACAGGCUGGUUCUGCUGGGUCGCACUGGGGCUGGGAAGAGUGCAGCAGGAAACACCAUCCUGGGCAGAGAGGAGUUUGUGUCCCAGGCCAGCUCACUUCCAGUGACCAUAAAGAGUGACAAGAAGAGAGGGCGUGUUGCCGGGAGACGGGUAUCUGUGGUGGACACUCCAGACUGGUUCUGUCCUGGACUCUCUGUGGGGGAGAUGAAGCGGGAUGUGGGGCUCUGUUUUAACCUCUCCUCCCCAGGACCCCACGCCUUCCUCCUGGUCAUUCCAGUGAGUAGAUCACACCAAGAGUUUAAAGACACCCUACAGAGAGAGCAGGAGAUUUUUGGGGAGGGUUUCUUUGCGCACACGCUGGUCCUCUUCACUCACGUGGACAGGCUGAGGGGUGGCAGCCUGGAGGGGUACAUCCAAACAGGCGGGGUGGAGCUGCGGAAGUGUGUGGCACGCUGUCGCCAAGGCUGCCACGCCCUCGACAACACCGACAGAAACAAUCGCGUUCAGGUGGCCGAGCUGCUGAGGAAGCUGGAGGAGGCCAUGGCUCAGAGUAACAGCGCCUUCUACCGCUGGGAGGAGCCCCGGGAGGACACACCCCAGCCGGGACAGAGAGACACCCACCUGCAGGGGCCCACAGAACCGAGGCCGGGGCAGGGAGGGAGGCUGGAGGCCCACUGCCCCAUCAAAGCUGUGGGGGUGAAGGAGGAGCAGCUCAGAUCGCUGGAGGAGAGGGGGGCGGCUGAGCAGGGGCUGCAGAGAGCACAGGAGGACCGAGAGGAGCUGGGAGGAGCAGCGGAGAGGGGAGAGCAGGAGGAGAGACACUGCACAGAGAAUGAGACACACAGGGAGUUCCGUCCCAGCCCUGCCUCACACAAACCAGCGAGACACAGAGAGGCACUGCAGGAGCUGAGGGAGAUGGUGGGACAGGUCAGCACUCUCAUGGAGAGGCUCAGAAUGACCUACGAGGAGGAGGCCAGAGAGGAGGCAGAGAGACACAGAGAGACCCUCCAGCAGCUCACUCACCUGGUGGACAGGUGCGAUCCCUUCUUCGGACUCCAAGCCAAAUAUACGUAG